ACAUACCCACCGGGGGAGCCCUUCUUCACCAUGUUCUUCCCAGCCUGGGUUUCCUGCCUGCAUUGCUCUGGCUGUAGCACCAGGAGCCACCCCAGGGGUCAGGUGCCUCAUGAGCUGUCAAAACCCAAAGGAUUUCCUCAGACUAGAGCUCCUGGAGCCAUGUUUAUUAGAGAAGUACUUCUGGGUGCCUGCUGACUGGUAAGCACUGCUCAGGGUUGGGGAUACAGAGAUUAAUUCCAGUAAGCCAACAUUUAUGGAAUGCCUCUCAGGGGCCACAUUUAUUUACAUAUAUUAAUGGCUCAAACAUCCUUAUAAGGUAAGUACUUUCUCUUCAUUUUACAGAUGGGGAAAUUGAGGCACAGAGAGCUUAAGAAAUUUCCCAAAGUCACACAGCUAAUCAGUGGUGGAUCUCGGCCCCUGAUAUUGUAGCCACAGUGCUUCUGGUCACUGUUGCUUUAAGGAUCUCCAUGUGCAUGCACACGCAUGCACAUGCAUGGUCCCUGGGCCUGGAUCACCCUUCAUAGGACCCACACCUGUGGAGAAAGCAACCCCCACCUCCAGAAUUCCAGGAAAUGACACAUCCUGUUUUGUGCCACAGGAUAGUCAGGAGUUCAAGUUUAAGGGAAAACAAGAUCUUGCACAAAGUACCCGGUGGCUGCCCUCCACAAGGGGAGGGUGACAUGGAGCGGGUCUGGCUGCUCAUCCUUUUUUCUGUCACAGAGCUGUCCCAAGCCCACAACACCACAGUGUUCCAGGGCACCGCAGGCCAGUCCCUGCAGGUCUCCUGCCCCUACGACUCCUUGAAGCACUUGGGGAGACGCAAAGCCUGGUGCCGCCAGCUGGAUGAUGAGGAGGGCACAUGUCAGCGAGUGGUCAGUACCCACCGCUCGUGGCUGCUGUCCUUUCUGAAGAGGCGGAAUGGGAGCACAGCCAUCACGGAUGAUGCCCUGGGUGGCAUGCUCACCAUUACACUGCGGAAUCUUCAAGCCCACGAUGCUGGCCUCUACCAGUGCCAGAGCCUCCGUGGUAGCGAGGCAGAUACCCUCCAGAAGGUCCUGGUGGAGGUGCUCGCUGACCCCCUUGAUCAUCACGAUCCGGGAGAUCUCUGGAUCUCCAAGGAGUUCGAGAGCUUCCGGGAUGCUCAGGUGGAGCACAGCAUCUCCAGGUACAGUGACAGGUCUUCCCUAAGACCCCGGCAGACUUCCACCCUGCAGAACCCGGGCAUGGGGUGGAGGCUGGGGUCCUAGAACUACAAAUCCCAAGGCAGCUGGGGCUUAAAAGAGUCUGGAUAUGAUUUUGUCUAAAUACCCUGCCAACCAGCCAGUGUACAUUGGUGUGACUGCCAGUUGUUAAAAUUUUGAAAUUUCUUCCAUUACAGUUUGGAAAUAGCUGUUGCCCAAGACUCCUGGGUAGUCAGUGUCCCACCCUCCCCUGAAAGCCCUUGGACAUCCCCACGAUUCAGCAACAGUGGGAGUUUGUUCCAGUACUUUAGUAUAAAACAGGGACCACAGGGUUCCUGACCUUUGGGAGGUCCAGAAUCAGUUCUAUUGGCUUCAUGCCUGCGUAUGGGUGUUUAAACAUUGUUAACAUAACCAUGGGGCACACACAU